AUGUUUUCAAAUGCAAUAAAAUUAGAAAACUUGAAUGAUUAUUUGAACGAUGCUGAAGAAUGUAUAAAGCCAUUUUUAUAUACGUCAAAUGUUAAUGAAAAUAAAAUAGAGAAACCUAAUUUGAUUAAUAUUAAUAAGAAAAAAAAUAUAAAAAAUGUAAAAAACAAAAACAAUAAUGAGAGAGGUGAAAUUUCAUUAACUGAUUGUUUGGCAUGUAGUGGAUGUGUUACUAAUGAAGAAACAAAUUUUUUAAAAAAUCAAAAUGCCAUUGAGAUAUUAAAUAAUUUAAAAAAAAAAAAAAUUAACAUUAUUUCGUUAUCAUUACAAAGUUUAACAGCCUUGUCUGUAUAUUAUAAAUUGCCAAUUUAUACAACUCAAAAAAAAUUAUGUUUUUUUUUUAAAUCACUAAAUUUUGACUAUGUUUAUGAUUCAUCUUUAAGUGAAUUAAUUGCAUUAGAUCAAGCAAAACAAGAAUUCCUUUCAUAUUUUUAUAAAAAAAAUCCAGAAUUAUAUGAACAGACAAAUUCUAAAAUUGAUACCACACACACAUUUAGGAAUGAUGCCAAAUUGGGGGAUAAACCAUUUGAAGGAGUCUUAAAAAAAAUUAAAAAUAAAGUAAUAAAUAAUGAAAAAAAAAGAGAAAAAGAUAAUACUAAUCAAUCUCAAUAUAAUCAAAAAAAUAAACCCAUAAAACUUAAUAAUGACAAGGAAAUAUUAAAUGAUUAUGAAUCUUCGCCUGAUAAUAAAUGGGAUGAAAGAUAUCCAGUAAUAUGUUCACAUUGUACUGGUAGUGUUAUAUAUGGAGAAAAAAAACUUGAUGAUAAUUUAUUAAACGCAUUUAGUAAAUUAAGAAGUAGUCAAGAUAUACAAGGAAUCAUUUUAAAACUGUUACAUGUUCAGAAUAAUUUGUAUACAUAUCCUUUACUCAAAAAACAACUUAUUAACACAUUCUUUGAUACGUAUAAGUAUAAAUUAAAAUUUAUAAAAAGCUUCGAGAAAUAUUACCUAAAAAAUAGCAAGCUAUUAAAAAGUGCAAAAGAAAACGAAAAGGAAAAAGAAAACGAAAAGGGAAAAGAAAACGAAAACGACCCAACAAAUUCAACCCAAACUUACGAACAUGCCCCUGUCUCAAUUUAUGAAAUAAACCACGUUUAUUUGUUAUAUUGCUUUGAUAAAAAAUUGGAAUCACAAAGAAAUCAUAUUUCACAAAAAGAUGCUAUUGAUAAAAAUAUAGCAAAAUAUUUGAACUACUUUAAUUUGAACUGCUUUAAUUUGAACUGCUUUAAUAUGAACGAUGUAGAUAAUCGUGGGGAUAUAAAUAAUUUUUAUAACAAAACUACGAAAACAAAUUUAGCAAACGAUUUUUAUUCUGUGGAUUCAGUUUUAACCACUAUAGAACUUGUUGAAUUAAUUAAUAAAUUGCAAAUAAAUUUUUAUGCAUUACCUGAAAUAAAUAUUGAUAAUAUUUAUUCCCUUUUUGAAAAAAUAAACAAAUUUCAAUUAUCAAAUAAUAAUAUAAAUAUUGAUAUCACAAAUACUAUGGAUAUAAAAAAUUUUAAAGAAAAAAAAAAAAAAAAAAAAAUACAAAAUAAUUUUGAUGAAAAUACUGUAUUAAAUAAAGAUACAAAUUUUAGCGAAUCUCUACAUUUUAUUUAUAAAAAUAUGUCUGAUAAAAUAAUUCGAUGUAGUAAUAAAAAUAAUAUUUCAAUGGGUUAUGGAGAAGAAAUAUUCAAAUAUGUAUGUAAUGAAAUUUAUGGUUUUAAUAUAAAUGAAAAUAAUUUUAUUUUCAAAUAUAAUGACAUAAUUGUAUUUUCUUUAUAUGAAAACGAUAUUUGUGUGUUCAGAGUUGUUUUAUCAUAUGGUUUUAAAAGUAUGUAUAGUGUUUUAAAAAAAAUAAAAGAAGAAAAAUAUAUAAAGAGAAAAGAAAUAAAAAAAAAUGUUGAAAAAAUAUACAAUAUCAAAAUUACAUAUAAUCUUCAUUUUAAUGGUCAAAUUGAUUAUGUCGAAUUAAUGGCUUGUGAAAAAGGAUGCCUUUUUGGAUGUGCACAAAAUAUUUUCGAUGAAUAUAGUAUUCCUGAUUUUUCUACAUGUUCAUGUUAUAAUCUUAAUAUUUUUAAAAAAGUUGCUGAGCAAACUAUCAUACAAAAUUUUGAUUUUCUUUCCAUAGAAAAUACUAAUAAAAAUUCAUUUUCAAAAAAUGACGAAAUACCAAAUUAUAUAUCCUGUUCAAGUAGCCAACAUAAAACAUCUUAUAUAAAUAAAUUACCAUCUACCCAAAUUAAAUAUAAUGAAAAUAAAAAAACUGAUAAAGAAAAAUUAUUUCAAGUUUUAUAUAACCAAAUUCAUAAUGACGAAUAUACAAAAUAUGUUAAUUCAAAAGAAUCCACAAAAAAUUUAACUGUUAACUCAUUUUUAAACAAUCUUUUUAACAUUUUUAACACAAAAACUUUUCAUAUAUUUAAAACCACUUUAACUUCAAAAAAGAAAAUGGACAUAAUUAAUUGGUAG